AUGAGAAACACAGCAGCAUUAGUUAUGAUGGUUAUGAUUUGCAUUGCAAACAGCAUGGGUCCUGUAAUGGGAUCAAGGUGUCCCCCACCUCCCAAAACAAAAAGUCCUCCACCGCCUCCAGGUUCAUCAAGUGGAGGAAAUUGUCCUUUAAAUGCAGUGAAGUUAGGAGCGUGUGUGGACGUGCUGGGAGGGCUGGUAAAUGCUACCAUUGGAGAUCCCGCUGUGAACAAAUGCUGCCCUGUUCUCCAAGGCGUUUUAGAAAUUGAGGCAGCACUGUGUCUAUGUACAACAAUUCGAGCUAAGGUUCUAAACCUGAACAUCAUCCUUCCCAUCGCUCUUGAGCUUUUUGUUCAAUGCGGCCUCACCCCUCCUCCUGGAUUUAAAUGCCCACCUCUUAGUUAA